AUAGUCUUGAGAGCUGAAGUUUGAACCCUACAGAGCAAACAUUACGAGAUGGAAAUGCAGCUCCCACCUCACGAGGGAGACGAGCUCUCCGUGGUGGACAUGCACACAGGUGGAGAGCCUCUACGGAUCAUCCACAGCGGCUACCCAGAGGUCAAAGGUGACAGCGUGCUGUCCAAACGCCGUUACGUGCGGGAACAUCUGGAUCACCUCAGGAGGGUGCUGAUGUUCGAGCCCCGGGGACACUACGACAUGUACGGGGCCCUGGUGGUGGACAGCGAGCUGCCUGAGGCGGACCUGGGGGUCCUGUUCAUGCACAACGAGGGGUACAGCACCAUGUGUGGGCACGCCGUCAUCGCACUGGGCCGCUUCGCCGUGGACUACAAACUGGUGAAGGAGCCCCAGUCCCCGGAGACCCAGGUGAACAUCCACUGUCCCUGUGGGCUGGUGAAGGCGUUCGUGGAGUACUCUGAGGGGAAAACUGGGGGAGUGAGGUUUCUCAGUGUGCCUGCGUUCACAUUCGCUACAGAUGUUACAGUGUCUGUGGAGAAGUUUGGAGAUGUGACGGUCGACAUCAGCUACGGAGGAGCCUUCUACGCCUUUGUGGACGCAAAGAGGUUUGGGCUGGAUGUGACCACGUCCAGGACUCGAGACCUGGUAGACGCAGCCACAGCGGUGACCAACGCUGUCAAAUCUCAGGUGAAGUUGCACCACCCAACCAGUGAUGAUCUGGCCUUCCUCUAUGGCACCAUCCUCACUGAUGGCAAAGAUGAUUAUUCCUCUGACCCCACUGCCAAUAUGUGUGUGUUUGCUGAAGCUCAGGUGGACCGGAGCCCCACUGGUUCAGGUGUUACGGCCAGAGUGGCUCUGCAGUAUCACAGAGGUCUCAUCCAGCUGAACCAGACCAGGACGUUUCAGAGUGGAGCCACAGGGUCCCAGUUCACAGGGAGAGCCGUCGAGGAGACUAAGUGUGGAGACUUCAAGGCUGUCGUGGUGGAAGUUUCCGGCAGAGCCUUUUACACCGGAGUUUCACGCUUCGUGCAGGAGCCGGAGGACAAGUUGACACAUGGUUUCCUGCUGAAAUGAGACUCAAUUAAAGGGUGUUAUUAA